CGGGUUUGUUGUCCAAUCAUACGCCGAGCACCCACAUGACUACCAAUUAGGCGGUAGCGGAGGCGGGUGCUAAAGCAUGGGCUGGGGGUGACCAGGAAGCGAGAGCCGAGACUGCGAAGGAGAAAUCGAGCUCAGGCUGUGGUGGAAAGGCUGGGGGACACAACUGAACAUGUGGAAUCCCAAUGCCGGGCAUCCGGGGCCAACUCCAUAUCCCCCCAACGUAGGGUACCCUGGAGGUUCCAAUCCUGCCCAUCCACCGCCUAUCAAUCCGGCCGUUCCUCCCAGCCCCUUUCCCUGUCCUCCAGGACCUCCCCAGGGGAAUCCAGCUUUCCCCCCAGGUGGGCCCCUUCAUCCUGUGCCACAGCCAGGGUAUCCAGGAUGCCAGCCUUCAGGUCCCUAUCCUCCGCCAUACCCCCCACCUGCCCCUGGCAUGCCUCCUGUGAAUCCCGUGGCUCCUGGCAUGUUAGGACCAGGGAUGGUAAUGGACAAGAAGAUGCGGAAGAAAAUGAAGAAAACGCAUAAGAAGAUGCACAAACACCACAAGCACGGCAAGCAUUCCUCCUCCUCUUCUUCCUCCUCUUCCAGCAGUGACUCUGACUGAAUACAGGGCCUGGACCCUUCCCUCAAGUCUCACCAGUUCUACUCUCCCAUCAAGCUUCAGACGCCAUGUUGUACUGGGGGGAAAUCAGCCCUUGCGUCUACCCGCCCCCCACCCUUACCUGAACCUCACUCUGCUGUUCAGCCCUGACUGGCUAGGGAAAAUGGGAAGAGGAUUGCCAUGGCUAGCAAAGGCCGUUGUGCUGCUUGGAUAGACCUUAUAGCCACUGAGUUUAGCAGGGGAGCUGUUUGUUGAAGACGGUGAGAACUUUGGGGCUAAAUGUGAAGACAAGCUUAAGAUCUGUAAAAUGUGAUUUAAAAAAUUUAAUAAUGCUUGUGGUUGGGGGUUUUCUGGAAAUUUAAUUAUGAAGAAAAACCUGUACCUUUUCUGCAAUAUUGGCACAGUUGGGUAAUUUAGUGAUAAAUGCAUCUCCUGGCAGGCUUUUUCUUGGUUGUGCUAACCGUGAGGUUUCUGGGAAGUAGAGUUCAUUUGGUUGAUGAGCUUUGAUGCUGUUUUGGAACCUGAUCUCUACUCCUUAGCUCAAUAUAUUCUGUCAGGUCCUACUUUCCAACUCUCAAGCCAAAUAAAGCUAUUUCUCCUGGU